GAUCCCUCAUGUUUAUAUGAUUGUAUCUGGAAACAGUUGCGGACCGAGAGAGGAAAAUUAAUCUUUUUUUCGGUUAUUAAGGUGGGAGAAAACAUAAUUCAAGAUGGAUCGGUCAUUGAUGAAGGACAGAGAUGCCUUCCUGAAGCGGGCUAUGGCCACGCCUUCAGUGGAAGUCAAGAAGCGCAAAAAUGAUAUCCCUAUACCAGAGCCGCCCAAGAAGAAGAUUACCAAGACGGUGCCCUCCAGUGACCCUGGCUCAUACAAAUCGAUGACAGGUGGCAGCCAGUACAAGUUUGGUGUCUUGACAAGGAUUGUGCGCCACAUGAAAACGCGUCACCAAGAUGGGGAGACUCACCCGCUCAGUCUCGAUGAAAUUCUUGAUGAGACAAACCAGCUAAAUGCUGGGCCAAAGGUCAAGCAGUGGCUCAUCACUGAAGCCUUGCCCAACAACCCCAAGAUCCAAGAGAUCGAUGGCAAGUAUCUCUUCAAGCCGCCUUUGCCAGUGAGGGACCGGAAGAGCAUGCUGAAACUUUUGCGGCAACAUGACAUGAAGGGGCAUGGGGGGGUGCUGCUGGACGAUAUACAGGAAUCCCUGCCACACUGCGACAAGACCAUGAAGAUGCUGGACUCAGAGAUUCUGCGAAUCACACGCCAAACAGACAAGAAACAGAUUAUCUUCUACCAUGACAAGGGCAUUAACUUCCCUGUGGAGAAGGAGUUCCAGCAACUAUGGAGGAACACAUCUGUUGAUGGCUUGCAGGAUGACAACAUUGAGGAGUAUCUUAACAAACAGGGCAUCAAGUCAAUGCAGGACACAGGGCCAAAGAUCAAGCCCAUCCGGAGAAAGGUCAAAAAGGGCAGACAAAGAGCCACCAAGAUCUCAGACAACGAGCACAUGCAGGGUGUCCUUCAGAUAUAUGACGAUGUGUGAUAAACAAGGAAAUUUUAGGCCACUGGAAAUGCUGAGGUCCCUUUUUUUCAUCAUCAUUAUCAUUAUUAUUGUUGAAAAUCUAGGUUUCAAGUUAAAAGUUCGGAAUGUAUUUAAUUUUUUCAUUUUUUGUUUUGUUUUGUUUUUGUUUGUGCUUAUGGGUCAUUGUUUUAUAUACUGUUAUAAUUCUUUUUUUCUAUGAUCACUGAUUUUACUCAAACAGUUCAUAAUAUCUUAUUGGACUAGAGUAUGGCGCAUUUUUAAGUGUUAAUGCAUUGUUUUUGAAGGAUCAUAAAGAUUAUAGUUUUAUACAUUUGAUACCUGUUUUUAUCCUUUUUUCUGCUUCACAUAGGAUGUAGCAUAUGGAACUUUUUUUUGAAUUAGAAAUUUUAUAUUGCUACAGAGCUAAUAUACUCCUUAAGUUCAUGUACUUGUUUGCUAGAGAAAAGAAAGAUUGGAAAUGUUUAAAUUUUCUUUAUACAUGGUUUUUACUUUCUAGUAUUAUUGAAUAUUUAUUUAUUUAUUUAUUAUUAUUAUUUAUUUUAUUUUUUUGGAGGGGGGCAAAUUAUUAUAUUAACAUUGCCUUAAUAUGUUAGCCAAGCUGGCUUAUUAUGUUUAAUGAAAGAACAUGUAUUUUAUGGCAUGUAUUUCAAAUAAAGGACAUGUUUAACCAA